AGGGUACAUAAUAUUAUUCCUAAGGGAAUACAGUCUCUCGAACGUUAGACCUUUCAAAACCCAAAAACAUCCCUUACCAGUCCACUUUCUCCUCCUCCCUUUCCCACUAUAAAAAAGGAAAAAAGAAAAGACCACUAUCAUUACCUUCACCAAUUCAUCCCACACAUCAAACUCAAAGACUUCUGAUCAUCGCAUCGUUAACGAUGCAGCAAAGUUCUUCAGCAGCCUCACUUGGACCAGGCGGUCUAGACCUGUCACAAGUCUUUUUCAAACCCAUUCACAACACAUCUCCGCCUUCUCCAACAAAGCGCCACACUAAAAUCUCAGUCAUCGGCACCGGAAAUGUCGGCAUGGCAAUAGCCCAAACCAUCCUCACCCAAGACUUAGCGGAUGAGCUCGCCCUCGUCGACGUCAAUCCCAACAAACUCCGUGGCGAGAUGCUCGACUUACAACAUGCCGCUGCUUUCCUUCCCCGCACUAAAAUCCUCGCUUCCCCUGAUUACUCUGUCACCAUUGGAUCUGAUCUUUGUAUUGUCACUGCUGGCGCCCGCCAGAUCCCCGGAGAAUCUAGAUUAAAUUUGUUGCAGAGGAAUGUCACUCUGUUCAAGAAUAUUAUUCCUCCGCUUGCUAAGUACUCGCCUGAUUCUAUUUUGAUGAUUGUUUCUAAUCCUGUAGAUAUUUUGACUUUUAUUGCUUGGAAGCUUUCUGGGUUUCCUUCAAAUCGGGUUGUUGGAUCGGGUACGAAUUUGGAUAGUUCAAGGUUUCGGUUCUUGAUUGCUGAUCAUCUUGAUGUCAAUGCUCAGGAUGUGCAGGCCUAUAUUGUUGGAGAGCAUGGUGACAGCUCAGUGGCAUUGUGGUCAAGCAUAAGUGUUGGUGGGGUGCCAAUAUUGAGCUUUUUAGAAAAGCAGGAUAUUGCCUAUGAGAAGGAGACACUUGAGAACAUUCACAAAGCAGUUGUGGACAGCGCCUAUGAAGUGAUUAGUCUAAAGGGCUACACGUCUUGGGCUAUUGGGUACUCUGCUGCUAACUUGGCUCGAUCCCUACUUAGAGACCAGAGGAAAAUCCACCCCGUUUCAGUCCUUGCUAAGGGCUUUUAUGGCAUUGAUGGUGGGGAUGUUUUCUUGAGCUUGCCUGCACAACUGGGUAGAGGUGGAGUUUUGGGGGUCACCAAUGUGCAUUUGACGGAGGAAGAGGCACAACGACUCAGGGACUCGGCUAAGACCCUGCUAGAGGUGCAAAGUCAGUUGGGAAUAUGAGUUAGCUAUAUCAAUGGACUUCCAAGUUCCAUUCUUGCAUUUUGUAGAGAAAGUCUACUCUAUUCAAUUGUCCUUUUUCUCAAGUUAGCGUUUUUAUAUAGACAACGCUGCCUGCUUCUUUUUCCACUGGCCUAUUGUGGAUUUGUUUGAACCUUGUAGUUAUGGAUUUGAAAAUGCAAGUCGUUUGUUCUUGGCGGUUCUGAUAAAAUAAGAACUAGUAUAAAUUUAUUUUUUAAGCAA